UCUUACAUAACCGUUGCACAACGGAACCCAUCCCCGGUAACCAAAUUCAAACAACCACAAACCCUGAAAAGCAAAAAAGUACCAAAAGCUAAAUAUGCCUGUUUUUCAAACCCAACUCCCAAUGCUAUAUCAAAUUACUUAACCACCACAAUCACUUCACCACCCUUUUCUUUUUCCUCACUCCCUUGCAUCUCAUUUCUUGAUUUCUCAACCAAAUCAUGGGUUGCUGCAUUAGCAAAUGCAAACCCAACAAAACCUCUCUUGAUCAAUUCAACAAACACCUUCAAGACAAACUUGUUAUCUCUCAUCAACAUCAUAAACCCCUACCAUCUCAUUCUCCAACAACAACAACAACAACAACGCUUGUUUGUCCUUCAACCAAAAUCUCACCUUCACCUCUAUCACCUCCGUCACCAACCUCUUCAAUUUCUUCAUUCACAUGCACUACUUCUUCCAACACUAUCUCAUCUUCAAGCUCUAAUUCGUUAUCAUCUUUAAGCUCCAAAGAUCGAUCCUUCUCCAACGAGUUUCUCUGGUCAUGCUACAAGGAAAACCCGCACAUCAUCACUCGAAUCAAUUCCCUCGCCGAAUCUUCUCCGCUUUCCUUCGUCCCUGUCAAACCUAAGAAGAUCAUAAACCCUUCGCCACCUAAACAAAACAUGCCACAGAAAAGAGUUCGAUCAAAUUCACCGACGAACCUAACAAGACAGAAGAGUUUCAGAAAGGAAGUUGAAUUACCAAUGAGGCCUAAUAGAAUGACGGGUUCACCUUCUCCAAGCCGUAGGUUCAAUGGAGGUGCUUUAUCUACCACAAUCUUGGACAAAAGUGUUUCGAGGCGAAUGAGUAAUAAUAGUCCCAAUGUUAGUGUUUCUCAUUAUUCCCGUUCGGUUAAUUCAUCUUCUUCUAUAAAGAAAGAAAGCGUUAAAGCAUCGAUCUCUAGUCCAAAUCCAAACAACAGUUUGCGGCGGAUUCAUUCUUCUGGUUUGAAUUUGAGGCAGAGAGAGGCUGUGGUUUCUUGCCAUAAUCACAAUAUGGACUCAACAAUCAUGGAAGAUGUUGAUAAUCCUCUUAUCUCAUUGGACUGUUUCAUCUUUUUGUAGAAAACAGUGUGUGCUAUAUAUUUUGUUUGAUUUGGUGUUUAUACAUAGUUAGAAACCGGUUUUCUAGGUUUUCCUUUGUUUUUUUUUUCUUUUAACUUUCUUUUUGGGGCUUGUUUAUUCUUUACUACACUUGAAGUAUGUAAGGUUGAUGGAAUUUAUGAUUCUACUUUUUAGUUAUAUAAGAUUAAUGACACACUUGUGUGUUCUGGUUUGAAUUUGUAUUAUUUAUGGCAUAAUGAAAUAGCUUCUUGAUUAA